CCCACCUGCUUUGACCUGCCCCGGUCCCUGGGAAUGGCCAAGCUAUUGACUGGUGGUCCUUUCCCCCAAGAACGCUAAUACGGGAGCUGUCCUCUGAGGCUCUGGAGGACUUUAUUCUUCAAAUGGCUUUUCCCUUCCAGUAGCUCCAGGGACCCUGCAUUCCCUGUAUCCAGGAAAAUGGGAUGUGCUACAGGUGAUCAGCACUUCAUGUUCUAGUCACAAGUGACAGAGCCAGGGGCAGCAAAGCAGCGUCAUCGAGACGCUGUCCGCAGAAAUGGCAGACCCUCGAGGAGAGGUUGCGGGAAAAGCAGUGUGCGGAGACCAGGUCAGAGGAUCGGACAAGGAAGAGGAGCCGCCAGCCGCCUCAUCCCAUGGCCAGGGUUGGCGUCCGUGUGGCAGAGCAGCCAAGAACUCAAGGCCUGAACCUGGAACCAGAGCCCCUGCUCUCCCCACCAUGGUCCACGACCCUCCGGUGCCUGCCUUUCUGUGGGCCCAGGAGGUGGGCCAUGUCCUGGCAGGCCGUGCCCGCAGGCUGCUGCUGCAGUUUGGGGUGCUCUUCUGCACCAUGCUCCUCCUGCUCUGGGUGUCCGUCUUCCUUUACGGCUCCUUCUACUACUCCUACAUGCCGACAGUCAGCCACCUCAGCCCCGUGCACUUCUACUACAGGACCGACUGCGAUUCCUCCUCCACCUCGCUCUGCUCCUUCCCUGUUGCCAAUGUCUCACUGGCAAAGAGUGGACGUGAUCGGGUGCUGAUGUAUGGACAGCCGUAUCGUGUCACCUUAGAGCUUGAGCUGCCAGAGUCGCCCGUGAAUCAAGAUUUGGGCAUGUUCCUGGUCACCGUAUCAUGCUACACGAGGGGUGGCCGAGUCAUCUCCACUUCCUCGCGCUCCGUGAUGCUGCAUUAUCGCUCGGACCUGCUGCAGAUGCUGGACACGCUGGUCUUCUCCAGCCUCCUGCUGUUCGGCUUCGCUGAGCAGAAGCAGCUGCUGGAGGUGGAGCUGUAUGCCGACUAUAGAGAGAACUCGUACGUGCCAACCACCGGCGUGGUUAUCGAGAUCCACAGCAAGCGCAUCCAGAUGUAUGGCGCCUACCUCCGCAUCCACGCCCACUUCACUGGGCUCAGGUACUUGCUGUACAACUUCCCGAUGACCUGCGCCUUUGUGGGCGUCGCCAGCAACUUCACCUUCCUCAGCGUCAUCGUGCUCUUCAGCUACAUGCAGUGGGUGUGGGGGGGCGUCUGGCCCCGGCACCGCCUCUCUCUGCAGGUUAAUAUCCAAAAAAGGGACAAUUCCCGAAAGGAAGUCCAGCGAAGGAUCUCCACCCAUCAGCCAGGCGCAGGGCCUGAAGGCCAGGAGGAGUCAACCCCGCAGUCAGAUGUGACAGAGGACGGCGAGAGCCCUGAAGAUCCCUCAGGGACAGAAGGCCAGCUGUCCGAGGAAGAGAAAGCAGAGCGGCGGCCCCUAAAUGGAGAGGAGGAGCUAGAGCCCGAGGCCAGUGAUGGUUCAGGCUCCUGGGAAGAUGCAGCUCUGCUGACCGAGGCCAACCUGCCUGCCCCUGCCCCUGCCUCUGCCCUGGCUCCGGAGACCCUGGGCAGCUCCGAAGCCUCUGUGGGUGCUCUGCGACAGCGCCCCACCUGCUCCAGUUCCUGAAGAGAAGAGGGCAGAUUCCUCACAUUCCAGCACUUUCCCACCUGAGCGCUCACCCCUGUUUUUCCCUUAAUAAACUAUUUUGUGCCAGCUGC